AUGGCACAAUCGACAGACUCAGACACAAGUCAAAAUGCGAAAAAUGACGCUCAGAAAACGACGGUAUGGGCAGCCAUUCUUUGUGUCGUCAUUAUUGUUAUCGUCGCCGCUAUAUGCAUUGUCCACAGAAACGUCCGAGGACACGCGAUCCGGCGAUCGAUAGAAGCACAGCUUCCAAGAUAUCGCGUCAAUUCAGGCCUGGGAAAAGAUAUUGUGGAAAGCAUACCCAUCGUCAGAUUUAAUUCUAGACUACAUUCCCAGCAGAUAUCCCCACCAGCGCGGAUAUUCUUACCGUCAUCGGAUCGCUUCACAGAGACGAAACCUCGAAAACAUGGAGCUCAACUUUUACCUCUACGCAAGUACUUUACAAUCCAGAACAUAUGUCGCGAACCACCCAGAAGUGGUGACUCGCGGACACGGCCGGAUGAGUGCAUAUCGCCGGCGUGCUCGAUAUGCACCGAGGACUUUGUCGAAGGCGUGAAACUCAGGAUGCUGCCUUGUGGGCACCUCUAUCAUCCUCAGUGCAUAGAUCAGUGGUUGACGGAUCGAUCUCGUACUUGUCCUUUAUGUCGUGUCAACCUUGCGGCCUCGUCGGUGAAGAAACCAUCGCCAGUAUUUGUUGGGAGCGUUUAG